UCCGGCGGCGGCCAUGGCGCGGCGCGUCGUGCUCUUCGACCUCGGCGGGGUUCUGCUGGCGCCGGGCCUGCAGCACUUCCUGAGCGCCUGCGAGCGAGACUGGGCCUUGCCCAGGGGUUUCUUCGAGGCCCUGCUGGAUUCCGGCGGAUCCCAGAGCCUCAACUCGCGGGCGCUGCGGGGCCGCAUCGGCCUCAGCCAGCUGCUGGCGGAGCUGGAGGAGCGCUGCCGCUCCGCGUUGGGCGCCGCCGUUCCCGAGGGAUUUUCGGCGUCGCGGCCGUUCCGGGAGCUGCGGCGCGCGCGCCCGCCUGACGGGCGGAUGCUGAGGGCGGCCGCCACCCUCCGGAGCCACGGGUUCCUCACCGGGGUCCUCACCAACGCGUGGCUGGACGACACCCCGGGGCGGUCGGCGACGGCCGCGCUCCAGGAGCAGCUCCGGCGCCGCUUCCACCUGGUGCUGGAAUCCUGCCGGAUCGGCAUGGCCAAACCCGAUCCCGGGAUCUACUCCUACGCCCUGGAGGCGCUGCGGGCCGAGCCCCACGAGGUGAUUUUCCUGGAUUCCCUGGAGCAGAACCUGGGCCCGGCGCGGGCGCUGGGCGUGGCCACGAUCCUGGUGCGCGACGUGGGAUCCGCCCUCAGGGAUCUGCAGGAGAUCGCCGGGAUCCAGCUGCUGGGCCGGCAGGAGGAGGAGGAGGCGGCGCCGGCCGAGGUCGCGCCCGACGACGUCGCCCACGGACACGUCACCAUCCGCCCGGGCGUGCGGCUGCACUUUGCCGAGCUGGGCCGGGGCCCGGCGCUCUGCCUGUGCCACGGAUUCCCGGAAUCCUGGCUCGCCUGGCGCUUCCAGCUGCCGGCGCUGGCCGGGGCCGGGUUCCGCGUCAUCGCCCUCGACAUGAAAGGGUUCGGGGACUCCUCGGCACCGCCCGACAUCGCGGAGUAUUCCCAGGAGCGGAUCUGCCAGGAUUUCAUCACUUUCCUGGAUAAACUGGGGCUCUCGCAGGUCGUUCUGAUUGGCCACGACUGGGGCGGGGCCAUGGCCUGGAACGUGGCUCUGUUCUACCCCGAGCGGCUCCGGGCGGUGGCGGUGCUGAACACGCCGUUCCGGCCGGCGGAGCCGGGCGUGGAUCCCCUGGAGCGCCUGGAGCAUCCGGCCUGGGAUUAUCAACUGCACUUCCAGAGGGAGGGCGUGGCGGAGGCGGAGCUGGAGAAGGACAUCGGGAGGACCCUGAAGAUCCUGAUCCGAGCCUCGGACCCCGAGGAUCGGCUCCCCCUCAGCCUCGACUUCCACCGCGUCCGCGAGAGAGGCGGGCUCCUGGUGGGAUUCCCGGAGGAUCCGCCCGGCAGCCGCCUGCUGCCCCCGGCCCAGCUGCAGUAUUACAUCCAGCAGUUCCGCAAGUCCGGCUUCAGGGGCCCCCUGAACUGGUACCGGAACGUGCGGGAGAACUGGAGCUGGGCCCUGCGCGCCCGGGGCAGGACGAUCCCGAUCCCGGCGCUGCUGGUGACGGCCGGGAAGGAUCCGGUGCUGCGGCCCCACCUCAGCAGCGGCAUGGAGAGAUGGAUCCCGAAGCUGCAGCGGCGCCACCUCCAGGACUGCGGCCACUGGACACAGCUGGAGAGGCCGGCCGAGGUGAACGGGAUCCUCCUGGAGUGGCUGCGGGAGCUGCCCCCGGAGCCGGCGAUUCCCGGGAAUUCCAAACUCUGAGUGGGAAAAAUUCCCGGAAAAUUUUCCCUGGAAUUCCAAACUCUGAGUGGGAAAAAUUCCUGGGAAAUUUUCCCUGGAAUUCCAAA